AUGCUGUCUAUUCUUAACUCAACUCCCACAACUUUCUUCUUGACUGGAGUUCCAGGGCUGGAAGCUUUUCACAUCUGUUUUUCCAUCCCUUUUUGCUGCCUCUGUGUGAUGGCCCUCUUGGGGAAUGGCACUAUCCUCUAUGUGGUGGUGACAGACUCCAGUCUCCAUGAGCCCAUGUACUAUUUCCUCGCCAUGCUUUCUGCUACUGACAUGGGCAUCACUCUUUCUUCUCUUCCCACAACACUGGGUGUCCUCUGGUUCAAUGCCAGGAUCAUCAGCCUAGGUGGAUGUAUUGUGCAGAUGUUCUUCCUGCAUGGAUUCACACUCAUGGAGUCCUCUGUGCUUUUGAUCAUGGCUUUUGACCGCUUUGUUGCGAUCUGCAAUCCCCUGAGGUAUGCUGUGAUUUUAACUAACUCUAGAAUCAUCAAAGUCAGGGUGGUGAUAUCCAUACGAAUGCUGGUCAACCUGAUGCCCUUGCUCCUGCUCCUUAAAAGACUGUCUUUCUGUGGUCCUAAUGUGCUUUCCCACUCCUACUGCUACCACCCCGAUGUGAUUAAGUGUUCUUGCUCAAGUAUCAAGGUCAACAGCAUCUGUGGCUUAGUUGCUCUCAUGCUAACAUCAGGAAUAGAUAUCCCCUGCAUUUUCCUCUCCUAUGUGCUGAUCAUCAGGUCCAUCCUCACCAUUGCCUCCCCAGAAGAGAGGCAAAAGGCCUUUGGCACCUGUGUCUGUCACCUUGGUGCUGUUGCAGUCUUCUACAUCCCCUGGAUCAUCCUGGCUUUGGUACAUCGCUUUGGUCAUAAUGCUCCUCCAUAUGUCCACACACUGAUGUCAACUCUCCAUUUCCUCUUUCCCCCAGUGCUGAACCCCAUCAUAUACAGUGUGAAGACCAAACAAAUCCGUAAGGCUUUCAUCAAGAUAUUUCCAAACACAAAGUAG